UGACCGCUCCCCCGCUGUCGCGGCAGCGCUGGUAAGCCCUCGCACCACCACAGGCCCUGUAGCGCUCGCAGGCGGGGGCCGUACGCAAAGCUGAUAUGCUUCCGCGAGUGGAAAUUCGACGUAAGCGCUGCCGAGAAUGCAGCGCCUCUUUGCCGAGAGAGAACUGUGGCGUGUGCAGGGAGUGCUUGGACACGACCGGCGCUAUAUUCUCGGCGGCGGUGGGAGCGGCGCCGGGGAAGGUGGCGACAGCACUCGCAGUGCCUGUGCCUUCGGCGGCGAUACACUGCGAUGCUCCCAUCCCGACACGGCGUGCGGCCGUCCAACGCUUGGACCGGCGCUACUACUCCGCCUCCUACAAACUCUCCGUCGUGCGAGAGGCGAUGCAGCGGCCGGAGUCCUGCCGCAUCAAGCCGACGUGCCGCGCCCACCCCGGCAUCGAAGCCUCCCAGCUGCGCCUGUGGAUCAAGCAGCGCGAGCAACUCGAGGCGAUGGCGGCCGCCGAGCUGAGGACCAUACCCGCCGCCAGUGUGGUAUACCCGCUUCCGUGGUGCCGCUCCGCUCCUGGCGGCACGCUGCCGGAGCUGAGCAAGAACACCGAUCUCGCCGUGGUCACCACACAUCAGCAGGCCGCAGAUGGCGCCGCCCUCGCCACCGCCGCCUUCACCAUCGCCGCCUGGACCGUCGGUGUGGAGAUGGCGUCGACGGCGGCGGGGCAGCCGGCGGUGGCGGUGGCGAGGCCCGUGCCGCCGAUGGCGCCUAUUCUGCGGCCCGACGCCCCGCAGAUCGCCGCCUUCGUGGCGCCGUCGGCGGCGGGGCAUGGACAGGCAAUCAUCUGCGGUGUGCGGUGA